AUGAUGGAAAUUAUAGUGUAAGUGUUGCCCAACAUUAUUUUUAAAGCAACUGAGAUUAAUAACAUUAAAUCAACAUUCUUGAAGAAUUUUUCAAAGAUUUUGACAAGAAUUCAUCAUAAGUAAAUACAGAUUCAGAUGUAUAAAUCACAAUAGAAAAGGCAUCUGUAGGUGUCAAAAAAGGAAGUUAAUAAAGAAUCUGAAGCAGAAAUUUAAGUUGAUGAUGAUGAAUUCUUGGAAGUUACUCAUAACGAUUUAUACAACUUGGAAAUUAUUGAUUACCAUUAAACUGCAUUUGUAGUUUGGAAUAUUGUGGAAGAAAAUUCGAUACCUUAACAAUUGUAAAUCUCUUAAGAAUCUGAAGGAGUGUAUAAAUAACUUGAAAAAAUAUUUGAAACUAAUCUUGUUUUUUGGCUACAAAAUUAAAUAUUAAGGAAAAUAAAAAUUUAAUAGGAAGAAAUAAUCUAAUUUGCCAAUGAUACAUUAAAAGAAUACAAUCUUACGAUUUAUGACUUUUAUUGUGAGUUUAUCAAUUAUUACAACUUGAAAUAAAUCGAAAAAUAGAGAAACUUAUGA